GUGCAUAACGAACCGCCUCAGCCGACCACUUAUGCUGAAAAACACGUCGAAGACAGUCCCAGAAAGGACAUUCCGGCGAUGUUCUCGAUGAGUGCCGCUGAGUUGCGCCAACAACUAUCCAGAAACAAGAAAGUCGAUAAGAAGAGCGAAGCUGUCAGCAUGAAGGAGAAGUUCAGAAUAGCCGAGAACCUGUAA